AUGUACGUCAUCGACGAUCUUAACUGGGACAUGAUCCUGGGUAAACGAUGGAUGGAAGACCAGGAUGUUCACACCCACGCAAAGGAAGGAUAUCUCGAGAUUGGGUCCAAUGGAGUUCAAAGUCAGCAGUUCGCCAGCCGCAGCACCAGUCCUUAUGAGGGACCGCUAUCCCUUGCCUUUACUGAGCGAGACCUUGCGAACGAUAGCCAAGGCAAGGUGGUUCACCAAGCCUUUCAGCGGUAUAUUAACAGCGUGCUCCAGGAUUACCUCGAUGAUUUUGUGUCAGCGUAUAUCGACGAUGUCCUGAUCUUCUCCUCUGGAAGCCUGCAAGACCACCGCGACAAAGUCGGCAAGGUCCUCCAACGACUGAUGGACGCUGGGCUGCAACUGGACAUCAACAAGAGCGAAUUCGAAGUCAAGGCUGACGUGCCAUUCCGUUGGGAUGGAUUGUGCGAAGAAGCCUUCGAGAAACUCAAGGACCUGUUGAUCACGGCCCCGAUCCUGCACACUUCCAUCCAGAAAGGGAGACUAUCGUGGAAGCGGACGCUUCAGGAUUCGCCCGAAGCGAACUACGCUAUCCAUGACAAGGAGCUACUCGCCAUUCUCAGAUGUUUGGAGCAGUGGGAACCAGAGCUACGGGCAGUAGAGCACUUCAAGAUCCUAACGGACCACAAGAACCUGAGAUACUUCUACUCGGAAAGGAGGUUGACAGAGAGACAAGUGCGGUGGUCGGAGUUCCUGUCCAAGUUCCAAUUCAAGCUCGAAUGGAGGCCAGGCCGCAAGGGUGGAUUGCCUGACGCGCUCUCGACGGGACCAGGAUAUGCCGGCCAACUACUCCGAUGA